AUAUACUAUAGAAGUCAAAAUGCGGUCACUUCACUCGUCAUUGAUAAAACCCCUCAUUCAUCUUCAUAUCCCAUUUUCGACUCACAUUUUUUCACCAUCUCUAAUUCGAGCACAAUUUCUCUACUUGCACUCCUCCACUACUCCUUCACUCCCAAAACUAACCGCCAUGUCCGACAACAAGGCAGCCGCCGUCGACGGCAACUCCACCUCUGACCACGUUUCCGGCGGUUGGUACUCCGUUCCCGACCUCCGAUUACGCGAUCACCGAUUCAACGUUCCUCUCGAUUACUCUAUCGAUCACUUUUCCUCCACUAAAAUCACCGUCUUCGCUCGUGAAGUCGUUGCUGUUGGUAAGGAGGAACAAUGUCUGCCAUAUCUACUAUAUUUGCAAGGUGGACCAGGCUUUGAAUGCCCAAGACCAACUGAAGCUGGAGGAUGGAUAAGCAAAGCAUGUGAGGAGUACCGUGUUGUUUUAAUGGAUCAGAGAGGAACAGGUCUAUCAACACCAUUAACACCAUCAUCUAUGUCACAAGUGAAGUCUGCUGAGGAUUUGGUUAACUACUUGAGACAUUUCCGAGCUGAUAAUAUAAUACAUGAUGCUGAGUUCAUCCGAAAAUGCCUUGUCCCUGAUACUGGACCUUGGACAAUACUUGGACAGAGCUUCGGAGGAUUUUGUGCAGUUACUUACUUGAGUUUUGCUCCUCAAGGACUCAAACACGCUCUUAUAACUGGCGGGCUCCCUCCAAUUGGCGAAGGAUGCACAGCUGAUUCUGUUUAUAAGGCAGGCUUUGAGCAGCUUGUUUAUCAAAACGAAAAAUAUUACAAGAGGUUUCCACAGGAUAUUGAAAUUGUUCGUGAUGUUGUAAAUUACCUGGCAGAGUCAGGAGGCGGGGUGCCUCUUCCAUCUGGCGGCAUCUUAACACCUCGAGGACUACAACUUCUUGGUCUCUCAGGUCUAGGAUCAAGUACUGGUUUCGAACGAUUGCAUUACCUGUUUGAGAGAGUCUGGGAUCCUGUAAUAGUUCAAGGAGCAGAAAGGAGAAUCAGUGACUACUUCUUGAAUGCUUAUGAGAGAUGGAUCGCAUUUGAUGCAAACCCUUUAUAUGCUCUUUUGCAUGAAAGCAUAUAUUGCCAGGGUGCCUCAUCCCUGUGGUCUGCUCAGAGAAUUAGGGCUCUAAAUGACGACAAAUUUGAUGCAAUUGAGGCAGCAAAAGUUGGCCGCCCUGUACUUUUUACUGGAGAGAUGAUAUUCCCAUGGUUGUUUGAUGAAGUCCAUGCCUUAAGGCCAUUCAAAGAUGCUGCCCAGCUAUUAGCGGAGAAGGAGGAUUGGCCAUCAUUAUAUGACAUUGCUGCAUUAAAGGAUAACAAAGUACCAGUUGCAGCUGCUGUCUACUACGAAGACAUGUAUGUUAACUUAAAGCUAUCUCUGGAGACCUCUUCUCAGAUAGCAGGAAUCAGGCUUUGGAUUACUAAUGAGUACAUGCACUCUGGUCUGAGAGAUGCCGGAAGUCGAGUUUUGGAUCAUUUGCUUGCUAUGUUAAAUGGAAAGAAGCCCCUAUUUUAACUCUAUUGGCCACCACCAUCCACACUUCUCUUGAACGUCAAAGGCUUUAGAUAAUGCUCAUGAAUUUAUUGAUGAGAUGGCAUCAGGAAGGCUCUUUGAGGUUGUUGACUGUAGCUGCUGGCCGGGGCAUUUGUUUUCACUGAUGUAACUGGAAUAGAAGCAUGCACAACGAUUCUAGGCUUGUUUUGCAUUUGAAUUUUAUCCAGAGUUGGAGGACCUAGGCUGUAUUUAUUUUCAUGCGUUAGCUGCUCAAUGGAUUGCCUCUUGCUAUA